GAAAACGGGUCGUCGCGGCCGGCCGGUCGCCGGCCCAUUCCUGCCCCGGGGAGGUCUGCCCAGGCUUCUGGUAAAGAGAAAUGGCAGGAGUGUCUUUGAGACGGUGACUUCCAGCCCACCCUCCCUGGGUAGGGCCUGGAGCCACGCUGAGGGCCGCGGCGUGAUGCUGCGAGCGGUCAGGGCUUUACGAGCAAUGCACACGAUGCCGGGAUGGCAGGUUUUUGCCAGCGUUUGCCUGGCUCGUCCCUGCAAUCCCUGCCCCUCCGUCUCCACCCGUGCCCUGGCCUGCUCCCUGCUCGCGCCACGGAGACGCUCUCGUGCGUCCCCUGGAGCCACGCGCCCAGGCCACGCUCGUUAAACACAACCCCGCCAAAGUCUCCCCCAGCAGCUAGCUGAAUAACGGAGCGGCUCUUGGAUUGAUUUGUCUCCUGAAUUAUGACUCCGGCUUGAGGCCGGGAGACGGUGCUGGGUGAAAGCGCUGAUGGCCGUGCCCUGGGACCGGAGCGUGGUCUGCUCCAGCGCUGGCUGCUCCUCGCCUGCCUGUUUUCCACGCGGUGCUUGGUCUCUUGCAGCGGGCAUGGGCCUGGCUCCCGGCUAAGCACGUGCUUAAGUGCUUGCCUUCAUCAGGUCCGAGCCGCGGGUGCCUGGCUGGAAGGUUGAUUCGCACCCAGCUGAGCCCCGCUGACCUCGGGGCGUGAUGUGCACUUGGCACUGAAGGGGCUUUUGGGGGUCGCCCGAUGGCUGGGAGACUCCAAAGCUUCAGUCUGCUCCUCCCCAGCCCCAGAUCCGUCCCCCAGCAGAGCUAUCUCCCCCGCCAAGGGACGGAUACCUCUGCACCAGGCAUUUUUCAGCAGUCCCGACCGACUCCGAGUUUCCUUCCUCCCAAGUGUAACACGUGGACGUGCCCCCCUGUGUCUGCCAGCACAACCAUGUUUGACACGAGGCCCCCGGGAGAAGGAUUGCUGGGGGAGGUUGGGGAGGCACAACAGGCCUAAAGGUGUGCGUUUGGGGAGAAGGAUGAUGCCUUUGCCUGGCAUUGGCGUGAGCUCUCAGUGGGCCAGACGGGGACGGGAUAGGACGGAAGAGGAGGAUGGAGACCAGCAGCUCGCGCGUCAUCAUUCAGCAGGUAAGUGGUUCCCCGGCUGUGGGACCGCAGGCACCCCCGACACCGAGCCCUUGCCCUACCCCGGCUCACUUCGAGGCCGUGUUUUGCACUGUUUUUGCCGUGCUCGGCUUGGGGCCCUCCGCAAACCGCUGAUGGAGGAGUUUUCCAAAGAGUCUGGAGAGGAGCAAUGCGAACAUGCUGAUGCGGAGCUGGCCGCUAAUCUGUGCGGCGGGGUCUAAGGCGCGGCGGGGAGGUCUCUGAAUACUGUUUCCACAGCGUGCCGCGAGCCCUCGCUAUUGAAGUGAAAUCUGCUGGACAGAAUUCAAUAGACAGCUGCUGCAUCAGCAUCGAAACCGGGCGCUGCUCCAUUCAGAGGCACCCCAUAAAUACGGUGGUCUCCCGUCCUGGCCCGGCACAGCCAAAACUCCUCCGGAAGAGGUAGCGGCAGCCGGUGGCCGCGCUCGUUUGACUUGGGUUGCUUCUAGCCGUUAGCACGGGCACGUUAGCAGAGCAGUGUCCCAUUCGGGAGCCGUGCCAUGAGGUUUUAAUUGGUAUUUUUUCGCAAGGGCAAGAGUGGAGCUUUGUCUCUUUUUUUCUUCUCCACUGGCCCUGCAAACUCCUGGUAAUUAGGGCGAGGGAAAGGCUGGCCAGCUGUGUCCUCGCAUGGGCUUGCAAAGGGGCAGGGGAUGUGCCGAGAUAGGCACCCGCUGACAUCCUGGCGCUGAUUGAACGCUGCCGUUUGAAUGGGGCUGGGCCGUGUCCAGCGAGUGUAGUUGGGGGAUGCUCGAUGGCCUCGCAGCCCCGAUCAACCCAUGCUGGGGAGCGGAGGCGGUGAACGCCACUAGCUGCUGGAGCGGCUCCGCAGGGGCUGUGGUGUUGCCGUGCCCCCACCGAGCCUUUGUAGACGGUGUCAUUGCUCCCCCCGUCCCACUGCCUGGGCUCUGCGGGGAUGGCCGGGUCGGAUGCUCUGGCCUGUGUCAUGCUGCAGGUCAGGCGAGAUGCCCUCGCCGUCGGCAGGUGCCUGACGCUCCGGCACCUGCUUUAGUGCCUGACUAACAGGACGCGACGAGCUUGGCCCGGUGCUGACGCCUUGCGGUUCGGGAUUUUCCAGGCGCGAUGACUGACCAGCCGAGCCCUCCUGAGCAGAUGGCCACUGGGGACAGCUUCGGUGGAAGAACUGGCACGUUCAAGAUCACCGUCUACGAGCUGGAGAACUUCCAGGGCCGGAAGCUGGUGCUGACCGAGGAGACCCCCAACGUGACCGAGAAGGCGCUGGAGAAGGUGGGCUCCAUCCAGGUGGAGUCAGGCCCGUGGCUGGGGUUCGAGCGCCAGGCGUUCGCCGGGGAGCAGUACGUGCUGGAGAAGGGAGACUACCCGCGCUGGGACGCCUGGUCCAACAGCCACAGCAGCGACCGUCUCAUGUCCAUCCGCCCCCUGGGCAUCGUGAGUCGCGCCGGCGCUGCCCCAGCUGGCUCGCGGGGUGGGGGGGUGUUUUCCCCGGGAGGCUCCAAAACUGCUCCCCGUCUUCUCCCCGUGUCCGGCCGGGACAAGGGGGUCGGGCUGUGGCCCCUUGCCAGCCUGGGCUUUGCCGUGCGCUGUUGGCAGGAUCGGGGGCUUGGACCCGGCACCUCCUCAGUUUGGGAAGGCGCCUGCCCCGUGGCUCUCCCGGCCGUGGCGCGGAGGGGCGCGCUCACCGGCGCGGCCUUUCCCCCGCAGGACAGCAGCGACCACAAGAUCCACCUGUUUGAGAACCCGGGGUUCGCCGGCAGGAAGAUGGAGAUCGUCGACGACGACGUCCCGAGCCUCUGGGCCCACGGCUUCCAGGACCGCGUGGCCAGCGUCAAGGCGCUGAACGGGACGUAAGGC